UUGCCAAAAAAUAGAGUUUUUUCUUGUUAAACAUGACUUUACAUAAGAAAAAGUUGUUUUCUGUUUUAACAAUAAACACAUAAAUCAGAACAAAAUAUUAACUAAUGAUACGUUGUAGGAAUCUAUCAUGGUUAUUGUGUUGGUUUUGUUUCCUUUUCUUUCUUCAUGUAUUUCUUAUUUUGUUAUUUAGAUAUCCAUUCCGCAAAAGUCCCUGUACUUUGAAGUUUAAAUUAUAUUAUCAUGUAUAGUCAAACACGUAUCAAAUGCGAUAAUUAGAUCGUUGCUAAACUGAAAUUAACGAAGAGUCAGGAAAUACUGGUUUCCGUCCGGAGAGUGGUCUUCCUGGUUUCUUUUAAGUCACUACAUUUUCACGCACACUUUUCAGAUUCUGCCUUGAAACCUGCGUUAUAAUAUUUUGCGCUACUGGUAAAGUUAUUUAGUAGUAUAUUUUUUUUAUUUUAUAUUAACUUAUUACUCAACGAUGAAGACGACCGAUCUCACUAAUAGAAUAUACAGUUAUAUACCGGAUGAUUACCAUUUAAAACAAUCACACGAAAAAGUGAGAGGGCAUACGUCCGAUAAAAAGGAACUCUAUGAAACCCUAGACAAACGGAAUGCGCGAACGGAUGAAUACGACACAUUAAAGCCAUUACAACCUGGAAAAAUUGACCCAAGUUCCAAAGUUGGGAAAGUAUCAUUGAAGGAAUGUAUGUUUGUUAUAGUGGUCAUCAUCUUAUUGUCUAUGUCAGUCACAUGUCUGGUUCUCGUUUUCAGUUUGUCGAACAAGGUGUCAAGUCAAUUAGAUCACAUAAAUACGAUGGAAGGACACUUUAAAGGAGAGAUAACAAAGCUGUAUACAGAAGUUAACGAUACACAAGGAAAAUACCUAAAAAAUCAAAACAUUGAUCGUCAUGUUGCGUUCACUGCCAAAGGUGCGUCCGGUAAAAAUCCAACGAUUUUCAAAGAAACUAUUCAGAACUAUGGCAACGCUUACAGUGAAACAAGUGGCAAAUUCACGUGUCCAUCUGCUGGCAUUUACUUUUUUCUAUCCUCAUUGAGCGUUGAAGAUGAUUUGUUAGUCCUUUCAGACUUAAAAUGCUUUCUGUAUGUAAACAAUAAAGAGGCGAUAGGAACCCCUGUCAACGUUUAUUUUGACAAUACUUACGCUGCGACCAUAUUUGGAACAUUUUACUUAGCGACAGACGACAAAGUUUUUGUAGGAUGUCGUAAUGGCGACGGUUUUCGACGCCCAAAUUUUAGUACAUUUACAGGAUUCUUAGUAGCACUUGUUGAAUAAUUUGCAGAAUUAAAAUUUCAAUAAGCAUUGCAAAAAGUUUAUGAAAAUUUGAUACGCUGAUUAUACGCACAUUUUGCAAUAACUUGAAGAUAAUUGAAAGCAUGCCAGCGGUAAAUUCUAAUACAACAGAUGAAUACAAAGUGAAUACAUGAACACGGCAGUCAGUAUAAUAGUAUUUAAAAUAUAUAAAAAUAUGCAAUAUUCUAGCAUUAGGUAAAACUAUCACUGUUAUCUAGUUUAUACGUUAGUUUGUACCGUUUGUUGCUUCAAUUAACUCUCAAUUAGGAAAUCAUUGUUACUACCUAAAUGACUUGUUAGCAAAGAAAACAACAACCUGUGCUUAAGCUUCAGAGAAUUGAUAUUGUUUUGUCGCAUCACAAUAAGCAAGACAUGGUGACAAACUUUUUUAAGAUCAACAUCAUUCGGCGGAUAUAUAUGAUAUCUACAAGAGCCAUUUCAACCUCAUGAAUUCUCGAUUUCAUCUUCAUGAAUUCAUAAUUUUAACUUCGUGAAUUUUCGUUUUCAACAUAUUGAAUUCACGAUUUCAUGAAUUUUCGAUUUCAACUUCAAGAAAUCACGAAUUCAACA